AUGAAUUUCAAUCCAGACAGUCCUACCAGAGGAUUGGGAGCAUACUCUCCCCACCCCUCCCUACCAAAAAGUGCUUUGGGUGACGCUUGUAAAAUCCUUGAACCAACACGRAAAACGAUWCAGACWUUAGARGCUCAAAGGCUUAUUGCAGUCUUAGAGGAUACCAUACAUCGACUGGAACUAGUUAUGGCCCUUCAGCAAGUUUUACAACAACUGCCGAGGUUCAAAAUCAUGCUUGGUACGGAGUUGGUGGAUUUGAUGGAAAACCAUGACGUCAGACAGCGUCAAUAUCAGGUACUUGUGGGCCGACUGCAGAAAGAAGACUUGCGAAUCGCAUGCGCAGAAAGACGAUCUUUGAUUGAUAAGGGUAUCCAAGGUGACGGACAGGAAGUGUUUGUACCACGUGACAUCAGUAGCGAAGAGGACGAUGUUAACGAAUAUUGGCAAAUGAUGAAGAAAGACACUGCGAUUAGCGAACAGGGUUUGAAGUAUUCUUUGCUAGAUCUCUUGAGAUACUUUAAAAAGAACCCUAAAGCAGUUGAAAAUAUUUUAGCGUUGAAAUUGCCGUGCGCACCUGCGUACCGCACCUUCCUAGAUUACAUGGAGCAGCUUAUGACAAUAAUGAAGGAGCGUCUCCUUACGUUUCCGUCUGAGGAACUCAGACGUAAGAAAAUGAUCAUAGACAUCUUCAUGCGAGAACGCAAGACUAACGCAACCAAAGAAAAGCUCGAAGCGAAAUACAUAGACGCWGUCAAAGAAAAGGAAGCAGAGAUUUCAGAGCGAAAUAGCGUAAUAACGCAAUUAAAGAACGAGYUAUCAAUGUUAGAUAAAAUAACUCGUGACAAUCAUCAAAAGAUGCUCUCGGAUGCUAUCAAACAAUGCAGCUUUGAUGCUAAGAGCUCCAAGACGAAGAAGACACGAAUAAGAGACGAAAUGUUAUCGAUUAAAAAGGAGCUUCGGGACCACAGCCGAGAGCAUCGCGAGGCGGAAACAUCUAUGAGAAAGAGAACGUUCAAAAUUGGCACUGAAGUGUUCAACUGGGUCCAGAAGUAUGACGCCGAYAUGGGAGGUAGACAGGACGAGUACGACCGMAUCAACAAACAAUAUGAAGGGGAAAAGGAAGACUUGUCUGAACUCGAGAAUCGAUUCAAAACGAUCGAGGAACAAUACGACGCCAUAGUGGAGGAAAGAAAGCUGGCGUUAGAAGCUGCGCAAAGGAAGGAGGAAGAAYUAAGACGGCAAAGCUUGGCUGUGACUAAGAUAGCGGCGUUGUGGAAAGGGUACAUCUAUAGGAAAAAUCUGAAGAAGAAAGCACAGAAGGGAAAAGGAGGGAAAAAGGACGGGAGAAAAAGGAAAUAAAAUCAAGAACUAAACUACUACUUUACAGAUGAGAAACUUUACGAUUCUGUAUUUGCAAGUGAAAAAUGCAAUUCUGUUUGUAAAUGGAUGUAAAACUCAAUGUGAAUUUGAAUAUCAUUUAAGAGUACUAGCAUUGUAUAUUGGACAUACUUUACAGAAAAAGAUCAAUAAAUUACCUAGAAGAAAAUGAGGUCAAUCAAAGAAGAAAAUAAACUAACAGAAAAAA